UACAGCAAAGAAAUACAAAGUUAUCAAUUAACAACUGCACGCAAACACUGACAAACAGCCAAUGUAUAGAAGAAGACCAAUUGUGCAAAUAGAUAAAUAUCACUGAGAACAUGAGAUGUUGAAUCCUCGAAAGGGAGCCCGUAGAUUGUGGACCCAGUCCAGAGUUGAGAAAUGUGAAGGCUUGCUUCCUCCAGUGUUCCGCACGUUUGCCGUCGACCCCCAGAUCACCUCCUUUGAGGUUCUCCAGCACAUCCUCAUACGAGCCUUCGAUUUAAGUAGCAAGAAGAACUUCAUCAUCAGCUACCUGUCGCCGGAGAAGUCGUCCCAGGAGGUGUACCUGUCCCUGCAGUCAGACUGGGACCUGGAUGUUGCCUUCAGCAGCCUUGCACAAGCUUACCUCCAACUCAAAGUCGACAUCAAGCCCUCCGAGGACAGCCCACUCCUGGAGGACUGGGAUAUCAUCAGCCCCAAGGAUGUGAUCGGCUCCGACCUCCUAACCCCAGAGAAGCGGACGUUUGCCGUCUCACCCCUGCCCCUCACACAGUCCAUCAUUUCCCAGGUGGGCCGAACCCUGUCAAAGGUGCAGCAGGUGCUGAGCUGGGCCGGCAGCGAGGAGACGACCAAGCCCUUCAAGCCGCCCCUGGGUGACGCUGAGUUCCACACCUACCUCAACCACGAGGGACAGCUGUGUCGCCCUGAGGAGCUUCGCCUGCGGAUCUACCAUGGCGGCGUGGAGCCCGGCCUGCGUAAGGUGGUGUGGCGCUACCUGCUGAAUGUGUACCCAGAGGGACUGACGGGUCAGCAGCGGCUGGACUACAUGAAGCGCAAGAGCCGGGAGUACGAGCGGCUGAAGGCGGAGCGGGGCCGGCGGGCGGGGGCCGAGCAGCUGGAGCAGCUGCAGGCACUGGUGCACAAGGACGUGGCGCGCACUGACCGCGGCCACCCCUACUACGCAGGCCCCGAGGAGGGCCACCCCCACCUGGCGGCCCUGCGCGACCUGCUCACCACCUACGCUGUGGCCCACCCCCGGGUCUCCUACUGCCAGGGCAUGAGCGACCUGGCCUCGCCCCUGCUGGCCGUCAUGGACGACGAGGCCCACGCGUACGUCUGCUUCUGCGGCCUGAUGCGCCGCCUGGAGCCGAACUUCCGGCCGGACGGCGAGGCCCUGGCCGCCAAGUUCGGCCACCUCCAGCGCCUCCUGCGGCAGGCCGACCCGGCCUUCUACGCCUACCUGCGCCGCCGGGGCGCCCACGACCUCUUCUUCUGCUACCGCUGGCUGCUGCUGGAGCUGAAGCGGGAGUUCGCUUUCGACGAUGCCCUGCGACUGGCCGAGGUGGCCUGGAGCUCGCUGCCCCCCGACCCACCGGUGGGCGAGGUGCCCCUCACCGGCGAGCCACUGGCGCCGGGGGAGUCGCCGCUGGUGGUCAGGCCGACCCGGAGCGGGGCAGGAGGCGGAGGGGGAGGGGGAGGCGGCGGGGAGGAGGGAGGGGAGGGGGACGGGGACGAGGACGACGAUGGCCCGCUGCCCCCGCCCCACCAGCUGGGCGGCGGGCACCCCUUCGUCCUCUUCCUGUGCCUGGCGCUGCUGCUGGAGCACCGCGACCGGAUCGUGGGCGCCCGCAUGGACUACAAUGAGCUGGCCAUGCACUUCGACCGGCUGGUGAGACGCCAGGACCUGCGCAGGGUCACCCAGCGGGCCAAGGCGCUCUUCGCUGACUACCUGCAAGGAACCGAGGGCUGGGCGGCAGCGACCGCUGGCAAGGGAGGGCAGCAGGAGGAAGGGUCCUGCUCCUGGUCCCACAGCCCUACCGGCCAAGGGUCCGAGUCGCCAGCCUCCUGCCCCUGAACUGAGGACCAGAGGGGAGGGGUGGGCGGAGGGGGCAGAAACUCUGUCCUUGUGGCAGGGAGAGUGUAAAAUGGGACGUGGGUGGUGACCUCUCAAUGGUGGAGGGUCAUGAGCUUCACCCUCGCGGCGAAGGUCUUCAGUUUGUGAAAGGUGACCUUUCAGGAAGGAGUCGCGAACUUUGAAUGACAUUAGUUGUAAGCUGUGACCUUUGGGGGGAUUUAUUGUGACCUGUAAAUGACAGGGGUAUAAUGAAUGGUGGGGGUCAUGACCUGUGACCUUUUGCCAUAGGAGUCGUGAACUGAAUGGAAAUGUGACCUUUGGGGGCAUGGGGGGUUUUGAACUGUGACCUUUGAAUGGCGUGGGGUGAUGAACUGUGACCUGGCAGGGUGCUACCUGUGACCUUCGAACAAAAGCAGAAUCAUGAACAGAAACUCCAGAGCCAUGGUGAUCUGACCUCCAAUCUGUCCAGAGGCACUGUGACUGUGAACCCGCCCUUUGACACCACCUCUGAGCUGGAACUUCACCAUGACAUCUACACCUGGACGCCAGCGUGGGGCAAAGGCAGGCGGCAUGAGCCUGGGGUGGCAAUUCCUUUUCUGGAGCGCAGAGCAGAUACUGGGACAUAAGGCCCGCGAACUUUGACCCAGGGAGGUGCUGAGUAAGUGGACAGCUUCCUCCUGCUUGGCCUGUGGGACCUGCAGGAGUCCCAGCGGCAGGUCACCCGACCAGACUUGCCCUGGGGAGGGGAGAGGGAAUAGUAUUUCUAACUUAUUUAACUUUUCCUACAUCUGCAAUUGUUCCUUGUGUAUCCAGUGCUUCAGAAAGAAACUCCUUCCAAACACCUCAUCUCUGUGGAGUCUUUGGUCUGGUGGGAAGGGAGGGGAGGGGGCUGCUCGAUUGCAAGAGGAAGCUUGGAGUUGUAGAGCAAGGUGACAUGCAGCAGGGAGAGGUCCUUCGAUGGGCACCGGGAUCCCCUUCCCGAUUCACUCCCCUCUCCCCAACCUCAGCCACCUUUCAACCACUCCCUACCGUCUGCCCCUGCCCCCACCGGGGAAGCUCAGUUGAAGGGGUGGAGAUAGAGAGCAGAGGACAAGUCGCAGUUGCCUUGGCACAGAAGCAAGACUAUCGGAGGAAGAUACAAAUGAGGAAACUGGCCCUUUGGCCAACUGGCUCUGUGCUAGCCCUUUACUCCCACUCCUCACCUCAUGCAGACAAGGAUAUCUCUCCCUCUCAAACUCUCCUCUCUCUCUCACUGUCCCCCCCCCCUUUUACCUCUCUCUCUCAUUCUGUUCUCUCUCUCCUCCUCAUCUCUCACUCUCACGUGAACAAAGUCUCUGCCUCCCCCCUGACUCCACAAGGAACUCUGCUCUUUUGUAUAUAAAUGACCUGGAUCAAAA